UGGAAACUGAGUUUUACUUAUUUUUGCUGCUUUCUCGUAAGUAAUGCCAGAACAAGUAGCUAUUCUGUAUGUUCAGCCUGGGGAACAGAGGCAAAAGCUAGCACAUCCCAUUGGAAUAGAAAACCUUUAUCUGUUAUAAAUAGAAUAACUCUUUGCAGCACAAACUUAAAUACUCAGGAGAAGGCUGGACCUUGAGAGGGAGAAGUUCUGUUAAUUUAUUUUAAACUAUGUUUCAUUUCUCUUGAUACUUAAACUGUGAUUGCUAUUUCUAUUACUCCAGAUUUACCCUGAAGAUUUAACAUCUGCUUCCAAUUAAAAAGCAGUGUUUCCCUAUGAAAAGUGAUCCAGGUUGUGCAGAUUUGCCAUGUAUAAUUCUAUGUGUAUAUUCGAUGAUGAUUCUGAAGAUGAAAUCCCAACCCAACAAGCUAUUCAGGAAAGCUUACGAGAUAGGCAUAAAAUUGAAGCAAGUGGCAGCACAACAGAGGAUGAAAGUUUCCAGUGUGUUACAAGUAAAGAACAUGGAAAGAUAAUUGCAGCAAUUCGCACAGGCCAAGAAGAGGCCUUGAUGAAGCUGGUGAAGCACAGUUCUGCUUUUGAAGAAGCAGAUCAGCAAGGCUGGCUUCCGGUGCAUGAAGCUGCAGCACAGCUAAAUAAGAAUAUCCUUGAAAUCACUUUUAAAGCCUCCUGUGCUGUUACAUGGGAACAGACCACUCUAAAAGGGGAAACACCUCUAUUGGUGGCAGUAAGAAAUUGCUUUGUAGAAAAUGUCUGUUUUCUCCUGCUCAAUGGCUGCAACCCCAAUGUUAAGAAUGAAGAGGGAGAUUCUCCUUUAGUUAUAGCAAUUAAACAUGAUUCGUAUGAGAUUGCUUCCUUGUUGAUAAAUUCUGGUGCAAAAGUGAAUUUGCAGUGUGUCCACAAGAGGACUGCUUUACAUGAGGCAGCCAGACUAGGCAGGAAGGAUCUGGUAAAGCUUCUCCUUCAUUCUGGAGCAGAUCCUGACCCUCGCAGUGGAUAUGGGCUCACACCUCUAGCACUGGCUGCACAGGCUGGCCAUACAGAAAUUAUGGAGCUCUUAUUGCAAAAAGGUGCAGAUGUUCUUUCACAGGCAAUGGAUUGUGCUUCUGUGUUAUUUGAAGCAGCAGGAGGAGGAAAUCCAGAUUCUCUGAGUCUUUUACUAGAAUAUGGGGCUGAUGCCAAUGUACCAAAGCACUCGGGUCAUUUGCCAAUCCACAGAGCUGCAUAUAGAGGACACUUUCUAGCCUUAAAAAUACUAGUUCCAGUUACUGAUUUUGAUGCCAUCAAAGAAAGCGGGAUAAGUCCAGUUCACUCGGCAGCAGCAGGAGCACACCCUCAGUGCCUUGAGUUUCUCCUCAAAUCUGGUUUUGAUGCCAAUUUUAUGCUGGGUCAGAGAGUUCGUAAAGGCUACGAUGACCACCGGAAAUCCGCAUUGUACUUUGCUGUUUCCAACGGGGAUAUCUGCUCAACACAGUUGCUGUUAAAUGCUGGAGCCCUGACAAACCAAGAUCCCAUCAACUGUCUCCAAAUAGCCUUGAGGAUGGGCAACUAUGAGUUAAUGAAUCUACUGCUCCGACAUGGGGCAAAUGUCAAUUACUUCUGCAGAGUGAAUACAACGCAUUUUCCAUCAGCUCUACAGUACGCUCUGAAAGAUGAAGUCACGUUAAGAAUGCUGAUGAACUACGGGUACGAUGUGCACCGCUGCUUUGACUGCCCUCAGGGAGGCACUUCGCAUUCCCAGUACGUGACUGAUGGAUGGACUUCGACUGUUAUCAAAGAUACAAUGUUCUGUGAAGUGAUAACCUUGUCAUGGCUGAAGCAUCUGUCUGGGAAAGUAGUGCGAGUAAUGUUAGAUUACGUCGAUCACGUUAAAAUCUGCUGGAAGCUAGAGGCAGUUCUCAAGGAACAGGAACUCUGGUCAGACAUCAAUUUGAUUUUGACAAAUCCUCGCUCUCUGAAGCAUCUUUGUCGUUUGAAGAUACGGAAAUGCAUGGGCCGGUUGCGUCUCCGUUGUCCUGUCUUCAUAACCUUCCUUCCACUGCCAAACUGCUUGAAAGACUAUGUACUAUACAAGGAAUAUGACCUUUAUGGACAGGAAAACUUCACAGGCACCUACAACCUCAACUGUACAUAAGUAUUAGUUCUAUAUUUUGAAGGGAAUGUUGGCGUGGAUAAGACUGUUUUCUGUUGGGAUUUUAUCUCCCAUGUAUAUUAAGGAAUACCAGCAUUCCCCCCUCACCCCCUGAAGAAAAGGGGGAGAACCCCAAAAUGUAAGUAUUAGUGAUCACAUUCUACGUAUCUACUGGAAUAUAAACUAUCUGUAAUUUACAGCAAUAGUAUUUUAAAUGCUUAGUGUGGAAAGUUAAGGAACUGCAAAAUGCAAGCCUUGUGUGACUGCUAACUUAAAGCCUGUCAUGACAGGUAACACUACCCCCACGGCAGGG